GCUAUGCUUGCGCGCUGGCUGCUUGGUGUGAUACAACAUUGACUGACAGUUGUGUUAACAAACGAAAUUUUAGAAAUAUUAUUAGUAAAAAUAACGAUUAUAUUUGUGCAAUGUACUUUUAAUUAAGUUUUAAUUUUGUGUGUAUUAUCUUAAUCAAUACAUAAUGGGUGGAGUACUGAGUUACUUUAAAUCCCUACUUGGGAGCCGAGAAAUGCGGAUUUUGAUCCUCGGGCUGGAUGGAGCCGGAAAAACCACCAUUCUAUAUAGACUACAGGUUGGAGAAGUAGUGACAACAAUUCCAACUAUUGGUUUUAAUGUGGAACAAGUAACUUACAAAAACUUAAAAUUUCAAGUUUGGGAUCUUGGAGGCCAGACAAGCAUCAGGCCGUACUGGAGGUGUUACUACUCAAACACAGAUGCAAUCAUAUAUGUUGUAGACUCCGCAGACAAGGAUCGGAUAGGAAUAUCUAAGGAUGAACUGCUUUAUAUGUUGAGGGAAGAAGAGCUUCAGGGAGCAAUCCUCGUAGUACUUGCCAACAAACAAGACAUGGAAGGCUGCAUGAGCGUAGCCGAGGUUCAUCAGGCCCUAGGUCUCGACGCACUCAAGAAUCGAACAUUCCAGAUCUUCAAGACCUCUGCAACCAAAGGCGAGGGACUUGACUCUGCAAUGGACUGGUUAUCAAACGCUUUACAAAACAAAAAGUGAAAGAAAAACUAAUGUGUGCACCAAAAACUUUGAGGUGUUGUGAUAAGGGCUUGUUCCUUCCUGUGGUCAGUGGCUCGUACAAUUUACGGACUAUUAAUAAAUAUGUAAUAUAUUUCAUUUAACAUUAUUAUAUUGUUCAUAACAAUAAAAAUGUAUUCACAA